UAUUCUUUGCUGUCUUUGCUACAGUGAAUUCUGCGAGACAAGGUUCAUGCCUUUGCUGAAACUACGCAAAACUAAAAUAAUGGAUAAUCGUACAAAUAUUGAUGGAAGCACAGAACAAUUAUGUGGUGAUACAUCAAAUGUUGCAGUUGAAUCAGAUUUGGGCACUUCCUCAAUAACUUUCAUCAAUGAUAAUACGCAACCCGUCAAUGAAGAGGCCUAUUCGAACGGAUUCAAUUUUGAAAACAAGGUUAUAAGAAGCAAUUUCUGCUUAAAACUUUUCCUAAUUAUAAGUGCUCAGUUUGCCAUUACUUCAGGAAUCACUAGUUGGUUUCUAUUCGAUAACAGUGUUACAAAUUUCAAUAGAAAAAAUGUAUCGCUGUUAAUUAUUAUUGCUGUUGUAUCAAUAAUGAAUUUCAUUAUGCUGGGAUUCUGUGGAGAACUUAGAAGACAGUUUCCUGUGAACUAUGCAUUCUUAAUGACAGUUACUAUUUGUAAAGCAUUUUUAUUGGCUACAAUAGCUAGUUAUUAUGACAAUUUUAUUAUAGUUAUAACUGUUUCAUUAAUAUCGAUGACAUUAUUAUUAUUGAGUAUUUCGGCCGCUCAAACUUUUGUCAAAUUCAAUUAUUUUGUAGGUUUAAUAUUAUGCUUUUGUUUUAUCUUGAUUUGCGAUUGCUUGAUUCAUUUCUUCAGUUCAUUGAGUAUUUUGGAUACGUUAUAUUCUUCAUUAAGUGCUCUGAUUAUUGCAGUUUACUUCCUUCAUGAAGUACUGAGUAUGGUACAAGGAAAUCAUACAUUCAAUAUAGCCCCUUACGAAUGUAUAUUUGCUGCUCUGUGUACAUAUCUUGACGUACCAAAUGUUAUAUUUGGUGUAUGUUUUAUUUGUAUCGGAAACGUCAAAGAGUGAAGAUAUUCAAGUAUACCGUGAAAUUUCCAGUGAAAUGAUUUUCAACGAACAAUGUAACUGUUUUAUCAAUGUUUUGUUUUUGUUCUAGUAAUGGAUAGUUGUUAAAAACAAAUGGUAUAAAAUAUGCGAUUGUUUAUUGUCCUUCCAAGUAUGUAAUUUCGAAUGGUGUUGCGGGUUGAGGACUCAAAAUGAAACUGCCAACAUUUCGAUCAUUUAUUUGAUCUUUAUAUCAAAGCAUACACAUAUUAUAAGUAAAUGGAUACUUCCAAACUUUUACAAUAUUAACAAAAGCAUGGACGGUAAAAAUUGUUGGAAUUAUCCUAAUGUACUACUAUGUAUUUUUAGCCUUGAUUAUGAUUAAAUACAAGAUCGAAACGUUGCAUUUUAAAAAAUUCUUGGACAAUUUCAUUUUGAUUCCUCAACCCGCAACACCAUUCGAAAUUGAUUAUAAUAUAAAACUAUAAUUGUGAUGCUUACCUGUAAAAAUUUAAGUAAUUUGGAGAUAGACGCACAAGUGUUCACAGGGAUACUAAAAAGUUUUGAUUCGGGACUUGCAAAAUAACCUUGAGUAGAUAACCAAAAUUUUUAUUCACUUUUGUGUCUUUUGAAUCUCAUUAGUUUUUUCCGCUAAUACCGUUUGUAUCUUCAAUAUGUUGAAGCACCCAAAAAUUGUAAUUAUCCACCUGUUAUUAGGUAAUUAUUGUAACCGAAAUUUCUCUAGAUAAUGUCACUAUUGAAUUUUCUGCUUCCUGUGUCAUGAAUUCGCAUCGCCACUUUAGUCAUUCAAAAGAUAGAUUUUGAAAACCCAUUUUUAUGACUGUAUAAUAUUUAUAAACAAUUUUGUCAUAAAAAGGGAUUAAGAUCCUAAAAUAAGUCACUCAAUAUUUCUUCUUGCCAUCAUAUACAGGGUGAUUCAUUAAGAAUGUCCAAUCUCUUAACAGUAGAUUCUAGUUUCCGAGAUACGAGGUGUUCAAAGUUUAAAUUUAAAUUUUCGCAAUAAUUUUUAAAAUUCCUCUUUGAAAAUCGGAAAUUUACGUUUUUUGUCAUGAGGAAUCAUAAUUUGCACUCUAAUUUAACAUUGCUAAUAGAGAGCGUUAGUUAAAAUUGUUUAUGUUAAUUAAAUCAAAGUAAACUUUUUUUGGGCUAAUCUUACAACUAAAAUAAUAAGAAAAUAUUAAAAAGCGUUAAAUUCCAUAAAAAAACUUACUCUUCUUUGAUUCGUGUAACUCAAUCGGUUAUCGAGUUAUUUGCUUCUAAAAGUGUCUACAAUUUGCCCAUUUUUGCAAGAUAAACAAAAUGUUAACCCAGAUUUUCUGGAUACAAUUUUUUUUACUGAUGUGGCUAUGAGGGAAACACAUUUUCAGCACGAGUUUAUGGAUAACAAAUGGUGUGGUGUAAUAUUCGGGGGUAUUUAAUAGGUCCUUUUGAACUGCCAACCAAUUUAAAUGGACCUCUUUAUUUAGAUUUUCUUCGAGAAUAUUUACACGAAUUACUAGAGGAUAUACCUCUCGCUUUAAGACAAAAUAUGUGAUUUUUGUACGACGGUUUUUGCACCACAUUAUUCUUUACAAUUUCGUCAAUACUUAAACCAACAGUUUCCGCAUCGAUGGAUUGGUCGCGGAAGUGAGUUUGCUUGGCCACCAAUAGGCCCCGAUUUAAAUCCUUUGGAUUUUUCUAUUUGGUCGCAAAUGAAGGCAUUAGUUUACAAAGUAAAAAUUAGUUCUCUUCCACAACUGCGACGGAAAAUAGAAGAAGGAUUAUUUGUUAUUGUUACGUAUUUAAGGAAUAAUAAAAAUUUUUUAUGAAAAAAUUAAAAUUCAUCGAACUUUUUAGAAGCAAAUAACUCGAUAACCGAUUGAGUUACACGAAUCAAAGAAGAGUAAAUUUUUUUGUAGAUUUUAACGUUUUUUAAUAUUUUUUUAUCAUUUUAGUUGUAAGUUUAGCCCAGAAAAAGUUUACUUUGAUUUAAUUAACAUAAACAAUUUUAACUAACGCUCUCUAUUAGCAAUGUUAAAUUAGAGUGCAAAUUAUGAUUCCUCGUGCCAAAAAACGUGUAAUUGCCAAUUUUCAAAGAGAAACUGUGAAAAAAUAAAAAAUUAUUGCGAAAAUAAAACUUCAAAUUCAAACUUUGAACGGAAACCAACAAUAUUUGUAUAAGGCAUGUUGAGCAGAAUCAUCAAUCAUCAUAUUUUGAGGGGUCUAGAAUCUACAUUUCAGAGAUUGGACAUUCUUAAUGAAUCAGCCUGUAUAAGAUGACAAAAAGGAAUAUUGAGUGACUUAUUACAGGAUCUUAAUCCCUUUUUAUGACAAAAUGUCAAAAUUGUUUUUUCAAAGUCAAUCUUUUGAUUGAACAAAUUCAGCAAAAUUAUUUAAAAUUAGUAAACCAUAGUGGUUGGAAAGUACUAAAAUUGUUCAUACGAGAAAUAGAAUUUAUUUCUAUUUUCUAACAUAUUGAUUCCAUACCUUUAUAUAUGUUUAUUAAUGUUGCACAUUUGUAUUCAAAUUUCCUUAUAUCACAACUUAAUGAUGUUAACUUUAGACAUCUCCCUGUCUGGCAGUACAACCUCGAUUCGAGUUUGAUGUAUCCAAUCUAAGUAAUUUCACUCAUGAAACGACGUCUCUCGAGGAAUGUAUGUAUGUAUCUACGUGAAGAUGAAGAAGUAAUUGGAGUCCUGUUACGUACGAUCUUUACUAUGAGAAAACUACAUUUGUUAGGGGCUAUAAAUUGUCAAUAUAUAGUUAGAGAUUUACGUAACGGCAUAGAUUUGAGCAAUACUUUAUUGGUAGAUAACGUAAAGUUUAAUUUUGAACUAUAUUAUUGAAAAUAAAGGGUAAAAAUAGCACUUUUUCUAAUUAUAAGUUUAUUCAUAGAAAUAACGAUUACGUAGAAAUAUACCAAGAAUAAAUUGAAGUGAAUUCUUUAAUUAAUACCGAAGUUAACGAUGUAUUUUCAAGUUUUAUUGCUAUUAAUUGCUUCUAUUAGAUAAACUAAUUUUCUUGUAAUAAUUUUUUAAAAUAUCUCAUUCUUACCUCCAUUCAUCUCACGCUCAUUUAGACAUUUCCUUUUCUAGUACAUCAUUAGAAAUUGUUUAUAAUCUUCAAUAGAUCAAUCAAUGAAUCACUACAUCCAUGGCAUCUUCCAUUUCGAUAAAUUUUGAUUUUUUUUGUUUGAUCUCCGAAAUGAUCGCCAAUUUAAUUUACUAUACUUCAUUUGAAAUAUGAUAUUAACUUUAUGUAAUAACAAAUACUAGCAGAUGAUUAUGCCCUGAAGGCGACGCAGGCUUAAAAAAGCGAACCAGCUCAGUUUGAAUAAUAGACAAUUUUUUUUAAUUUGAUUUGAUUCACUAUUGCUUUUACUUGCGAUGGUUUGGAGUCUCUCUGCUGCUUUCCUCCAUUUAUUAUGACGGCUUAAUGUCAGUUCUCUAUUUUUAUCCUUUCUAGAUUAUCUCUACAUGUUUCUAUCCACUUUUUCCUUUUCACUCCUCCUCCUCUUACUAGGGAUCUUUUACCUAACUAUCUCGCUUUAACCACAUAUCCCAUUUCAUAUGGGACCGUAUAAUAUAUGCUCUGACCUCUGCUUUCGUUCUUCUCUUCUAUUUGAUUUGCUUCUUCAUUUUGUUUUCUUCUUUUUUGUUCAUUAUCGAAUAUCCGCUGCCAUAAAGCACCGUUGGUUGUGUAACUGUCUUGUAUAUGCGUAACUUGGCGGUUUUUUGUUGCGAUUUGGCCGGUUUCACCUCUUUCGUUUGUUGCUGUCACUCCUAGGCAUUCGAACUCUUGGACUUUAUCAAAUCUAUGCUCCAAGGCUCUGUCGUCAUUUUUAAUUGGAUUUAAGUGGAUUUCAGAAAAUGCUGUAGAAAACAUUAACUAAACUAUGUUGUUGGGUUAUUUUGAUGAGCUAUCCGAAAACUUUACUCCGAACUCUGGCGUAUUCGAUGACUAAUUGUAAAUAAUAAUUAUUAGUUUUCACAAAUUACGUGAAUAUGUGGCACCAAAUGAAACGUUUUCAAUGAACGAGAUCGCAUUAUUAUUUGUUGCAUUCGAUGAAUUUUUGGCUGUAAGAAUUUGUCUCAAAUAUGUCUCACAUAUUUGGAAAAUAGAAAAUCAACAAUUGCUGUAACAGUACCAGGUAUCAUCUAGAUCUCACAUUUUCUUGAAGAAAUUAAAAAACCAGAUUUUGAAUCAUGCUACAACAAAUGAAACUAUCAGCGGAACCUUCCAAAUUUGUCAAUUCUAUGUAAAAGUGCCAAAUAAUAUAUAAAUGUUAAUUUACAUUUUGUUAAUAAAACAUAAAUUGAUUUAAAAUUGAUUUAAAAUUGAUUUUUGUGCCUUUAUGGUCGUUCUGGCAUCCAUUAUGUAGCUGGUCUCUAAGAUAUAAAAUCUCAAUAAUGUACUGGUGGGGCCCAAAUAACUGUUGUUACUUGUUUCUGUCAGAGUUAUAUCGAUACAUCGAAAAUCUUAUAUUUUAUCAACAGUUCUAAAUUGAAUCAGCUCUUCGUUGAUUCGAUACUUUCAGAAGACUCAAGGUAUUAAGAUUACAUAUUUUGAAAUAAAAAAUUCAUAUCUUCUGUUUCUGUUCAAAUGUUUUUUAAAUCAAUUUUCAACACAGAAUUGUACGAAAUAUUGUUUCAAUAGGUCUUCGAAGUUCCCAGAUGCUGAUUUUUAUAAUUUUAGUUUGGGACUAUUCUGAGCUAUUACAAGUCAUUGUAAAUAGGUACAAUGAUGAUAGGAUCGAAGUGUUGUACUAUGCACAUUCAGAAUCUCUUGACUAAUGAAAGUUCUAUUAAAAAACAUGUUGAGUUUUCCAAGAAUUCAAGAAAAUUAUUUUGGCGGUUGUUAUGGGAGACCUUAUAUUGUUACUAUAAUUUUUUCCAGCAGUAUAUUUCUUUGUUUUGUUACUUUGUUUAUGUGUAUAUAAAUAUAAUAAAUUUUUAUUUCUCCUAUUGCCCUAUUAUUUGUAGUUUUUUUUAUUAUAGAAUAAAUUUUGUUUGAAUAUUAA